GCCGGUCGUUAUGGAUACGUCGCGACCAUCCCGGGGACCAAUGUAUAGCCACUUCCCACACGUCGUCCAGGGUGUGUACAUAAUGUGUGUCGUCGUCGUGUAGAAUUCGCGACGAUCAGCUAUGCCGAAGGACCGCCACUCGCCUUCCGGAACUCUUGGAAAAGACGUCGCGCCACCGCAGCCGCCGAAGAGGAAGACGAACUCGGCCGGUCUCCGCUUCCUCCUGUGAACCCGACCGCGUCUUCCGCUGCCGCAAGUUCUCCGGAAACCGAGCAUGUUCAGCCUGAGGCCCCAGAGUGCCACCACGAGGCAGGAGAUUGAGAUGAUUAACAAGGCCCAGCGGGCCAUACACAACACAACGGACUCCAUCGAGAAACUGCGUCUGCUCUGCCUGGCUAGAGGUGCCAACGGCAUCCUCGGUCUGGGUAGAGUGUUCCGUCGUAUGGACGAGGAUGGCAAUAAGAAGCUAAAUGAGGAGGAGUUCAAAACGGGUAUACAAGAGACGGGUAUAGAUCUGGAAGAGGACGAGAUUAAGGAGGUCUUUGAGAAAUUCGACACCGACGAGGAUGGAAACAUCAGCGUCGAGGAGUUCCUCGUCGGUAUAAGACCACCGAUGUCUCAGAGCCGGCGAAGCGUGGUCGAGCAGGCGUUCAACAAGUUGGACAAAACCGGGGAUGGUCGGGUCACCAUCGACGACCUCAAAGGGGUUUACAAUGUUAAAUGUCAUCCGCGUUACAUCAGCGGUGAAGAGAGCGAGGAGAGCAUUUUGAACAAGUUCCUCUUGAAUUUCGAGCACGGCGGCAACGAGGACGGCAUUGUAACCAUGGAGGAAUUUAUGAAUUAUUACAGCGCUAUCAGUGCGAGCAUAGAUCACGAUGCGUACUUUGACCUGAUGAUACGCAACGCUUACAAGCUGUGAUCUUCGUAUUUCGUGAGAUGAGUCAUGCGUCCGCCUGUUCGCUGUGCGAAUCAACAGCCUGCAACAUCGUCGCGUCCAGCUAAAAAAUAUAAAUUAACAUAUACAAUAUAAAAUAUACAUAUAUUUAGGUGCUACGUUGCCGAGUGUGUGUUAGCUUGUCAUUAGACUUAGCACGUAUUUUUGCUAAUUGCAAUCUACAAGUAUACUAUUUACAAUGUUAAUCGCCUGGUUGACCGAACGAUCAGAGCUAAAACGGCUAUGCAUAUGUAACUUUAUUUACUUAUUAAUCGUUAUAAUUCACCGUGACAUUCUCGAUCGAGGAGAAGAGGCGCGCGCGAAGAGACAGAGAAGGAGGGAAGAAGUUCACCUUAAAAAGCUUGUUAAAAAUUGACCUUCGCUAUAGUUUCUUCUCUCCUUGUCUUUCCAGUUACACGUUAUAACUUGAGUUACUCGACAUAUUGUACCGGACAACUGUCUAAAAAUUUGUUUAAACCGAGGAAAGAGUUGUUGCUUGCCACUUGUUCGGCAGUCUCUUCUUCUUCUUCCUCCUCGACGCUUUAUUAGUUAUUUAUAAAUAAAAAAGUUGGUUAUAGGGUCCAAUUCCACAGUGCGAUUCGCGACGAAGGUCGCAUAUGCACUCUUUCCUUACGUGUCUCUUUAUAAUCGUUAUGUUUAUUUCCGCGAAUAAAUACUUGCGAAUAUAAGA